CCAGCUUUUUGCUCACCAAACCAUCCCUAACCCCCACAACUAAAGUAAAGACUACAAUCUCUUCGUCCCCUGUAUGCUCUGCCACAAAAAGAAAGAAUCUUCAAUCGAUCCAUGGCAGAAACCAAAUCUGGAGAUCCCCAGGCCCAAUAUUCCCCGUGUAACUCUUCACUGUUUCUGGUAAGAGUGAUGAGCAAGAGAAGGACAUGGGUUUGCCUCUUUCUCUUCGUCUACACCCUCCUCCUCUCAAUUUCUUGGAACUUCCUCAAUUCCGUCCUAUCUUGGUACGAAUCCGCCAUGGCCGCCACCUCUUCCUCCUCCUCCUCUUCGGGGUGGCCGGCGCUGUACGCGUCCGUCCUCUUAGGGGUCGCUUUCGGUGUUCUGUCCAUGGUGGCGGCGUUGGCCGUGGUGGUGCCGGCCACCCUGGUCACAUGGAUUACCAUUCUGGUUUUGCUGGCUUUCUUUGGGAAGCCGAGGAGAACUCUGGUUAUGGAGGGGAAGCAGCUGACUGCCGACAUCACCCGGUUUGUGGUCAAGGUCUUGGUUAAGGAAGGCAACAUAGUCGCCGCCCUUUGUGCCGUCGUUGGCUACUUUGCCCUUGUCCGGCGGAGCAGAGACGUCGGCGGCACUGAUUAUUAACUCCCGACAGUGACCCAAAUCUGAGGGAGGGAUCAAUUGGAGAAUUUCAAAGUUUUUCCGGGGCAGUUUGGGAAUUUCUCAAUUUGGUCCCAGCGAUCUGUAGCUUCUACGAAAUUGCAGCUUCGUUCGGAAGAAAAGGCAUCACGUUUUCCUAGAAUAUUUAGAGUUGUAGACAGCUAACUUGUAAUAUUUCUCAUCUCAUGUUAUACAUUUCUGCUUGUAAUAAUUCUUGGAUCUUUGUGCCUAUAUAUUUAUUUAUUUGUUCAUUGUUUCAUUCUUUGGAAAUAUUCUUUCUAUUUAUUAAUUUACUCGGCAUUUCAUAAUGCAAAUUUUCAA